AUGGAACAGUUGAACUGGAUGGCGGAAUACGCUGCUUUCAUCAUCAUGCUCGGGCUGUCCGUCGUCAUCGGCCUGUACUACGGGUGCGUCUCCAAACAGAACACCGUCUCCGAUUACCUGUUGGGCGGCAAGCACAUGUCCGUCUUUCCGAUCACCAUGUCGCUGGUCGCUAGUCACAUUUCUGGCAUUACGCUGCUCGGAGUCCCAUCUGAGAUAUAUAGCAAUGGAACACAAUACUUGAUUGUCGGUGUGGUUAACAACAUAGUUGUCAUCUUCACGGUCAUAUACAUUUAUUUACCCGUUUUUUACGAUCUUCAGUUGACAUCAGUAUAUGAGUAUUUGGGAUUACGAUUUGAUUCCAAUAUCCGUGGAUUGUCAUCACUCAUCUUCGCCGUAAACCUAAUACUGUACAUUCCUGUUGUGAUUUACAUACCAGCAUUGGCGUUCAAUCAAGUUACAGGACUCGAUGUACAUUUAAUAACCGUGAUCAUUUGCGUCAUUUGUAUAUUUUAUACCACCAUCGGUGGACUGAAGGCAGUAGUGUGGACAGAUGCGAUUCAAAGCAUUUUCACAGCCGUUUCAAUCAUGAUCGUGAUCGUAUUGGGAGUUAUACAAGUCGGAGGGUUCGGAAACAUGAUUAGAGCCAACCAAGAAGGAGGCCGGAUAGAAUUUUUUAAGAUGGACCCAAAUCCGUUUUUGAGAAAUACUUUUUGGACCGUCAGCAUAGGCACAACGUUUCAAUGGCUCGCAUCACUGGGCAUUCAUCCGGGAGCCGUUCAACGUUUUAUAGCAUUGCCCACGUAUGCAAAAGCUCAAAAAGCUGCCAUUUUCUUUGUUCUGGGUAUGGCCGUCGUUAAACUCUUGACCGGCUCUAUAGGAAUGUUGAUCUACGCCAAGUACAAAGACUGCGAUCCCCUGAUGGCUAAUUACAUAGACAACGACAGGAAAUUGGUGCCGUAUUAUGUGAUGGACGUGGCCUCGAAAUUUCCAGGGCUCACCGGUCUAUUCGUUUCCGGUAUUGUUAGCGCUGCCUUGAGUACAAUGUCAGCGCAGAUUAACACUGUGUCCGGUACGAUUUACGAAGAUUUCAUAGUGAAAAUGAUGGGGAUAACAGUGACCGAUUUGACGGCCAGCGUCAUCAUGAAGUGCAUCGCAGUGAUCAGCGGUUUCGUAUGCGUGAUCUUGGUGUUUGUGGUCGAAAAAAUGAACGGAAUCCUUCAAAUGUCGAUCAGUCUGGGCAGUGUGACGAGUGGAGCGUUAUUGUCAGUGUUCACGUUAGGGGUUUGUUUUCCGUGGGCAAACUCCAGAGGAGCAAUGUGUGGGAUGUUAACUAGCUUAGCUGUCAUGGCUUGGAUAGUUGCUGGAGCUCAGGUCGCCAUAUACAACAAAGAAUUGAAGUUCGUCGAAAAGGACGUUUUUAUAUCCGGAUGUCCCGCCAACACAACGUUCAGAAAUCAUACAGACUUUUCGGGGUUAAGCCGGUUGAAUGAAGACGUGUAUGCGAGUCCAAACGUGUGGACAAUCUAUACGGUUUCAUACAUGCACUACAGUACCAUCGGCACUUUAGUUGGGAUCGCCGUCGGACUUGCCGUCAGCCUUCUGUUCCCCACGGACGAGAACGUUGACCCAAGACUGCUAACGCCCUGUAUACGGAACUUUGUGUAUCCAAAGUACAUGACCAAGACGGUGACGAACGGUAAAAACAUCGCCCACAACAAGACAGAUACGUACGAACCGGUGUCUCAGGAAACCAAACUAUGA